AUUUACACGUAUAUUAAAUGUCUUUGAAGUUCGAAAUAAAGAAGAAGCAUGUAGCUCGUUCAGAAAGAGUAAAGAGUGUAGAAUUGCAUCCAGAAUAUGGAUGGGUUUUAUCAGGAUUAUAUAGUGGUGUUAUAACAAUUUAAGAUUAUGGCAAUUAGGUAGAUAUAGUAAUAGAUAAUUUAGACAAUUGUGAAAUAAAUAGAGGUGAAUUAGAAAUAGUAGCCUGUAAGAUGUGCAAAGUUUAUAACAAAGAAAUAAUGGGUAGUAGCAGUUAGUGAUGAUCUGUAAUUGAGAGUAUUCAAUUAUAAUACAAAUGAAAAGAUAAAAGUAUAUAAUGAAGUUAAUAAAUAGGCAUUUGAUGCACAUACAGACUAUAUAAGAUGUGUAAUAGUGCAUCCAUCUUAACCAUAUUUGAUAACUAGUUCAGAUGAUACAACUAUAAAAUUAUGGGAUAUGGAUAAUAAUUUUGCAUUAAUAAGAACAUUUGAGGAUCAUGUUAAUUAUGUAAUGAUGGUUGCAUUCAAUCCAAGAGAUCCUAAUACAUUUGCAAGUGCAAGUAUGGAUAAUACAGUUAAGGUAUGGACAAUUCAAAAUAGCAAACCUAAUUUUACAUUAAGUGGUCAUGAAGGAGGAGUUAACUGUGUAGAUUUCCAUCAUGGAGAUAAACCUUAUUUAAUAUCAGGAGGUGAUGAUAGAUCUAUUAAAAUAUGGGAUUAUUAAACUAAAUAAUGUAUACAUACAUUAGAAGCACAUUAACAGAAUAUAUCAUCAGCUAGAUUCCAUCCUGAUUUACCAUUAAUUAUAUCAAGUAUACACAAAUUAGCAUAAUUCUCUAGCUGCUGAAGACGGAGUCAUUCGAUUCUGGCAUUCAAAUACUUACAAAUUAGAAACUUCCCUUAAUUACAAUAUGGAAAGAGUAUGGAGUUUAGACAUUGGAAAAGAUAAUACUUUAGCAUUUGGAUUUGAUGAAGGAACUGUUGUUGUUAAAAUUGGUUAAGAUGAACCUAUUGUAUCUAUGUAAUAAGGAAAAGUUGUUUAUGGUAAAAAUUUUGAAUUCUUUACUAUUAAUCUUAAAGCUGUUAAUAAUACAUCUAAUGAUGGAUAAAUAGUAUAAACAAAUUCUAAAGAAUUGGGAAUAAGUGAUAUAUAUCCUUGUGGAGUGAGACAUAGUCCAAAUGGUCAUAUGUUCGCAAUCUUUAGUGAUUCUGAAUAUACUAUAUAUAGAUCAUAAAACUUUAAAAAUUCAGGUUUUGGAUCUGGUACAGAUUUAAUCUGGUCAUAAAAUGGUGAUUAUGCUGUCAGAGAAAUGUAUUCAAUUAAAAUAUUCAAAAAUAAUACAUUAAGUUAUGAAAUGAAAACAGACUAUAUGGUUGAAUAAUUAUUUGCUGGACCUGUGUUUGGGGCUAAAAGUUCAGAAUUUAUUAUAUUUUAUGAUUGGGAAACAGCCAAAGUUAUCAGGAGAAUAGAUGUUUCACCUAAAAAAGUUAUUUGGAAUGAUACUAAUACAAUAGCAGCUUUGGCUACUAAUGAAGAAAUUUAUUUUUUAUAAUAUGAUCCAGAAUAAUUACCAAUCUUUUUAUAAUAAGAUGAAGAGCCUGAUGGAUUUGAAGAUGCCUUUUAACCUUUAUGUGAUAUUACUGAAUCAAUAAAUUCUGGUUAUUUCAUCUAAGAUGUUUUUUAUUAUACUACACUCAAUGGAAAAAUUGCAUAUUCUGUUAAUGGUAAAAUUUUCAUUGUUGAUCAAGAUAAAAAGUAUUAUAUAAUAGGAUAUAUCUAAUAAUAGAAUAAACUCUAUCUUAUUGAUAAAAAUUACACUAUCAUUAGUUAUGAAGUUAAUAGUAAUGUUGUUGAAUUUCAAACUUAAAUUCUAAAAAAACAAUAUCAAAAAGCAGAAGAAAUCUUAUAAACAAUACCACUCUAGUAUUAUGAUAAAUUAUCUAAAUUUCUUGAUACUCUCAAUCUUAAAGAAUGGGCUUAUAAAUUAGUUUAAGAUUAAGAUCAUAAAUUUGAUCUUGCUCUUUAACUUACUAUUGUAGAUGAUGCUUUUCAAAUAGCUUAAUAAUCUUAAGAUUAACUUAAAUUAAGACAAGUUGGUGAUCUUGCUUUAUAGUAAGGGAGAAUUAAAAUAGCUGUUUAAGCUUUAGAAUUAGCUGAUGAUUUUGGAGGACUCUUAUUAAUUUAUUCGUCUUUAGGAUUAAAAAGUCAACUAUUACAAUUAGCUGAUAAAGCUUUUUAAUAAACUAAAAUGAAUAUAGCUUUCUCUGCAUAUUUUUUAUGUGCUAAUUUAGACAAAUGUCUUGAUGUUCUUAUUAAAAGUAAUAGAUUGCCUGAAGCUGCUUUCUUUGCUAAAACAUAUUGUCCUUCCAAAAUAAGUCCAAUAGUCAAAUUAUGGAAAGAAUCUCUAUCUAAAACACAUCCAAUAAUAUGUAUUCCAUUACUAAUCAUUUUUCUUAGCUUAAAAAAUUGCUGAUCCUUUUGACUAUCCUGCUCAAUUUAAUGAUCUUAAAUUAGCUAUUAAAGUCGAAAAGUUCUAUGAAAAUAUCAGAAAAUAAGCUAUUCCAGCUGAUUAAUUCAAAUAAGUAUUUAUUUCUCUUUUAUUUCUAAGUUCUAAGAAUUCUUGAACCAAGAUCUUUUUACAUAAUUACAAAAUAAUCCUAAUUUAGAUCUUUCAAAAAUCAUUUAUGGGUCGGGUUGA